UCGAUAAAUUGCAAAAAAUUGAUUUCAUGUCAUAGGCUACGGUCGUUGAAUGGAAAGGUUUGUGUCAGUGUAUGACAUCAUCUGGCGGAGUGAUACAGUACAAAUGAGGCUACUUGGGUUGUAACAAGUCAGUGAGUUUUUGGGGGAAUUUUGUACUCGAACUAAGAAGAGACUGCAUUAUUACAAGGCGGGAGGCUGUGGGAAGACUGACUUAAAUAAUUUAUAGUUUCGUUGAUUCUUUGCUACCAAAGCUUACAACACCCAAUACAAUGGCUGACCAACUCACCGAAGAACAGAUCGCAGAGUUCAAAGAGGCUUUCUCCCUGUUUGAUAAGGAUGGCGAUGGCACCAUCACCACAAAAGAAUUGGGCACCGUAAUGAGGUCAUUGGGACAGAACCCCACUGAGGCAGAGCUCCAGGAUAUGAUCAAUGAGGUGGAUGCUGAUGGCAAUGGUACAAUCGACUUUCCAGAAUUUCUCACCAUGAUGGCGCGGAAGAUGAAAGAUACAGACAGUGAGGAGGAGAUCAGAGAAGCCUUCAGAGUAUUUGAUAAGGAUGGCAAUGGUUACAUCAGUGCUGCAGAGUUGCGCCAUGUCAUGACAAACCUGGGAGAGAAGUUGACGGAUGAGGAGGUGGAUGAGAUGAUCAGGGAGGCAGACAUCGAUGGUGACGGACAGGUCAAUUACGAAGAGUUUGUGCAAAUGAUGACUGCAAAGUGAAGCACUUUUCUUUUUACAUUGCCUGUUCUCCUUUUGAUCACUCUGUCUAAAAUAACUAAAUAAAAUAUACAAAAAAAAUAAAACUUUACUCUUUUAAAAUCUGUAAUCUGGUUCCAAUUAAAAAAAAUAUAUAUAUACAAAUUUUACUACAGGAAAAAGAAUUAUCUGCAUGAGCUCUCUAAGAAGCCCGAUUCUCAAAGCAACCCUUUGAAAAUAAGUAUUGAUAGAACCAAUGACGGAGACCGUUUUUUGUUCAUUGAACCAAGGCCAGCUUAACCGUGCAGCUAGCAAGACAACAGUAAGUUUAUAAUAAAUAAAUACUAACCCUUGCAUGCUCUUAUUCAGGCGGUUCUGUAUUGUUACAGUGGAGGCGGCCUUUUGCUGAGGUUAAUGGAGUCCUUGUUUUGUGUACAGAUGGCGGGCUUAUAUAUAGAAAAUAACUAAGGAGUUGAGGUUUGAGCACAUUGUGAGGUCAUAUGGAUAAUAUGACGGGGCUGCACUGAAAUUGUAAAGCAGGGUAUGGAAUUGAUAUACAGCACUGGGUUUUUUUUCCUAUUGCUGCCACAUCGGUGUAGUUCGGCAAUGCAUUUAUUUAUUUAGGAGUCCAUUUUAAUAAAGUUGAAUGCAUCACACUCUUAGAUGGCAUUGCUGUGUAUAUACUUUGCUGAAUGUACAUGUAGUGCUUUCACAUGCAUUAUAUAUAAACCCAAGAUGUAUUGAUGUAAACUUUUUGUGCAAAGGUUAGCGUUUACCUAAUAUGGCAUAGCCUGUGACUUUUUUUUUUUUUUUUUUUUAAUAAAUGUGCCAUAAAUGGAUCUUGAGCUUCAACUUAUACAAGACAACUUUUAGAAAAAAAGUGAAUAUAUAAUAUAUAUUAUAUAUUUACAAGAAUCAAAUCUUAACAUUUAGUAAGUAGUUGAAAACCAAAUGGCUCUCUUGAUGCGUCUUUGCCCUAAAGCCGGAGUAGAAGUGCUACAUAACUUAUUCCAUGCUCUGCUGUCGUAUGACUGAACUAAAAGCUGGGAGUUGGGAGGGGGUUGAUGAGCGAGCUCUCCUUCUGUGGAUGAUGAGUGUUCUGAGUGAGGGUUUAAACAGCUUUUCAUCUUUGUUUGCUGUAAAAAUAAAGUUCUUAAAUCUUCCUUUCUCUGAUCUCAAUGGUCUUAUAGGAGUUUACUCCUGUUUUGAGGUACUGAAAAAAAAAAAAAAAGUGCAAGAAGCUUGUCUUGCAAGGCAGGCAAUGGGGGAAUAAGACUUGGUAUGGCUGUUUGAAUCUGUUGGAAGUUAUGUCCAAUCCAAGCUGUGAAAUAUCAUUUGUUUUCCAAUAAAAAUAAUUUACUACCUGAUACAA